GAUCUCCCUUUGAUUUUGUUUGAUGGAAUGGUAAACAACAUUACAAUGCUUUAUUUCCCAGGGUAAAUCCAUGGAGGUAGGAUGGUAAGACAACUCAGAGUCAGUGAUGAUGUAAAAUAACAAGCAUGGAAAAAUUGUCUGAUGGACCUAAACGUAGAGUAGCAGCGAGAAAGAGAAACCUAAAGGGGGUUCAAUCCUCAGCCAAGAAACUCAAGGCUUCAGAAAUCCACCACACCCAUCCUGAUGAUGGGUCAAUCCUGGAUUCAGAUGUGUGCAGUAAAGACUCAUCAUUACGGAUACAACCAUCAUUUGAAGGGGUGUUCGUAUCAAAUCACGUGGAUGGGCUUCGGAGAGAAUUAAAUAAUUCCAGGUCGAAUCAUGACUCACAGUCACAGACCCAACUAAAGAUCACAAAUCUAAGUGACAUUGCAACGAUCCAUAACGAGAGACCGUUGUUCAGAGUGCUGACAAGUGAUGACCAGGGGCUCAGGUCGACGAUCGAUGAACCUCAUGUUGGGGAUUCAGUGCCGAGCAGUCCCCUGGUGUGCCCUGGAGAGGAAGAGGAUUGUGGGAGGAUAGUUCGUUCUCAUGGCAUAUCGGCUGUAGCUCAAAGCGCUGUUACAAGUUCAGAGGAAGCGACACCAGACUGCAGUCCGCUGCCGCCCACACCUCAGGGACGACGUCUGAAGAAUAUCAAGUUACUUCCAUCUGGAAGGACUCAGUGCAACGUUUCUGCCGAUUGGGAUGGCAACGACUCUUUCUUUGAGCGACUUGACAUGGAUCAACUUAUCUUGAACUCUCAGACAGAGCUCAAAGGUACCGUGAACACAACUAGUUCUGGGACUUAUCCCUCAAUGAGAGAGGGAAUUGGAGAUUGCCCAAAGCUCCUUGAGAGUUCCUCGCCAAGGUCUCAGGCACAUCUUGAAGCCAAGUGCAGUGUUGUCCGAGAGAAGGUGCUAUCAAAUGGUUGCAUACCACAAGACCUUGUGAGCGACAAAAACUCAGGCAGAACUUCACAUCAUUUACAACUAGAACGGUGUGAUGAGCAUAACUCAGAAACUCCCGGAGCAGAAAGAUGGUUUAGUAAAAUCGGUACUAAGAAAGAGAGUAUCGAGGAGGAGCAGGCUGAAGAUUGCCACAGUGGAGUAACUCCGAAGGAAACAUCGACCCGUGUCAGACUUUCAGAGGUUCAGACUGACUGCCAAGAUGCUACUAAAACAGUACCGGCAGCAAGUUUGGUUGCAGUGGCUGACCUAAUGACCCCCAAAGUCACCUCUGCAGGUAGCAAGUUGCGGCAGAGGUUGCAGAGCAAUGCACGGGUGACCACCCAGACUGACUGCCAAAAUGCUAAAACAGAAUCGGGAGCAAGUUUGGUUGCAGUGACUAACCUAACGACCCCCAAAGUCACCUCUGCCGUUAGCAGGUUGCGGCAGAGGUUGCAGAGCAAUGCACGGGUGACCACCCCACAGCAGAACCGUAGUGCUGAGCUUCGCCAGGUGAAGGUUGAGGAAGCUUUGACUGAAAUGCUGCAGGAGAAAAGCGGCGUUGAAGACAACGACAUCGGCCCAUUCUACGGUCUACCAAGCAGGGUUGCUCUUAUGCUGAAAGAGCACAGAGGGAUAGAUAGUCUCUACGAUUGGCAGCAUUCUUGCCUGACUCUUCCAGCCAUCCAGCAUUCUCGCAACCUCAUCUACUCCUUACCCACUAGUGGAGGCAAGACAUUGGUAGCCGAGAUACUCAUCAUGAGGCAGUUGCUAUGCAACAAGAAGGAUGCCCUGCUUAUCGUCCCAUUUGUUUCCAUCGUACAAGAGAAGGUUGCUUCACUGUCUACCUUUGCUGUUGAGCUAGGCUUCCUGGUGGAGGAGUACGCCGGUAGUAAAGGCGCAAUCCCACCCCGCAAACACCGCAAGAAGAAAACGUUGUACGUGGCUACAAUAGAGAAGGCACACAGUCUGGUGAACAGCCUGAUACUAGACGGGAGGAUUGAGACUCUGGGAUUGGUCGUUGUGGAUGAGCUACACAUGUUGGGGGACGGUGGACGUCGAGGGGCCAGCCUUGAGGCCUGUAUCGCCAAGCUCCUGUACCUGAACACAGCACACAUCAUCGGCAUGAGUGCUACGCUAAGUAACAUCAAGGACCUGUGUGACUUUGCUAGGGCGGAGGUUUACAGCAGCGACUUCAGACCCGUGGAGCUGAAAGAGUACAUCAAGAUUGAAGAUAGCAUCUUUGAGAUCAAUCCAUCAGCGCUGUGUCCUGACGACAGGUUCAUUCAUUCUAGAAUAGUGGCAUUCCCUUAUGAUCGUGCGAUGCGUCGGAAUGACCCUGAUCAUUUAGUAGGGCUGGCCCUGGAGGUCAUACCAUACAACUCAUGCCUUGUCUUCUGUGCCACCAAGAAAAGCUGCCAGAAUGUGGCAGAAUUUAUCUGCAAGUACAUGCCAAAAAAUUUAGUAAAGAAGAUCACGCAGCACAAGUCCAAAGAGAAAGCCAUUCUCCUGCAGUCCCUACGCCGUGAGUGCGACAACCACCUGUGCCCAACCCUCAAGCGAACCAUCCCCUUUGGAUUGGCGUACCACCACAGUGGCCUGACCAUGGAUGAGAGGAAACUGAUUGAGGAGGGUUACUCUGAGGGUACACUGUGCCUCCUGACGUGUACCUCUACCCUAGCAGCUGGGGUUAAUCUACCCGCUAAGAGAGUCAUCCUACGAAGUCCCUACAUUGCCCAGGACUUAUUGACGAGUACCAGGUACAAGCAGAUGGUUGGCCGUGCAGGGAGGGCCGGUAUCGAUUCAUCAGGAGAGAGUAUUCUCAUCGUCAAACCCAAAGAACGUCAACAGAUUGCUGAGUUACUGAGUGGGCCAAUAGAGGCGUGCUACAGCAGUCUACUUCAUGAUGAAGGGAAAGGAAUUAGGAGUCUCAUUCUGACGUUAGUGGCCCUCAAGCUGACAACUGAUCGUCACGCUGUCCUGAGAUUCAUGGAAGGGACACUCUUUGGUGUCCAAGCCACUAGUAAGGGUCAUGACAUUUCUGCUCCGAUGAGAGUAGGACUGGACCGUCUCUUGGACUUGAGGCUCAUUGAAGAGAGACUGCCGAGAGACAACGUCCAGAGAACAUCCUCUGAACUUGAGUUGACUGUCACUAAGCUCGGACAGGCGGCUUUCAAAGGAUCCAUUGACAUUGACCUUUGUACUUCUGUCUACGCUGACCUGAAGCAGGCCUGUGAUGAAGGCCUCGUCUUGGCAAACACCCUCCACCUUCUAUUCUUGGUCACGCCAUAUGAUCUUGUUCCACUCAGCAGACCCAACUGGGCCAUAUAUGACCGACUGUAUUCUAAUCUGAGUGAGAGUAACCUAAAGGUGGCUCAACUCAUUGGCGUAACCGAACGAUAUCUCAACUUCAAAUUGGCUGGCAGGAAAAUCAACAAAAUUGAUGAACGGACAGACUUCAAUGUGCAGCGUUUUUACCUGACUUUGAUGCUGUGGGAACUGCUGAAGCAAACCAACAUCUGGGACGUUGCCUCAGACUUUGAGAUGCCUCGGGGCUUCAUCCAAAACUUGUUCACUUCAGCUGCAAGUUUUGGAUCCAGCGUGCAGCGGUUUUGUGAGGAUCUGCCUGAGUUUUGGGCUUAUCAACAGCUCCUCACUAAAGUGGUCUUUGACCUAACGUACUGCGCCACCGCUGACCUUGUCUCAUUACUGGAGGUGCCAGGGGUCAAACAGGGUAGGGCAAAGCAGCUCGUUAGGGCAGGGUACAAAACCAUCCGCCACCUCGCCCAUGCCGACCCCAGUCAACUCACUGAGAGUGUACAGCAUCUCCCGAUGAAAAUUGCCCAGCAAAUUGUGGCUGCAGCUAAGAUGGAGCUCGCUGAAAGAGCAGAUGCUCUGAGAGAUGAAGCUGAAGAGUUGGUCACAAAACCAACGCCUGAAGAGCUUGAUACUCUACUGCAAGAACAACAACUGGUGACAGGGACUGAACCUCAAGAAACAACUGGCAGCCAGGCUAGGUGAUACUAAGUCUGUGGACUGGUCAUACUUUCUGUUUUAAACGCCAACUGAAGAACAACAACUGGUGAUAGAACCUGGACCUCAAGAAACAACUGGCAGCCAGGCUAAGUGAUACUCAUUCUGUGGGCUGGUCAUACUUUCUGUCAACGCCAACCGAAGUAUUUAAUAAUAACUAGCGCAUUUCACAAAAACUGUAUCAAUGCGCUUAACAUAAGUGCCCUGCAGCCGAUUUCACGAAAUGCUAGGAUUAAUCCUAACUCGAGUUAGGAUGAGUAACCCGUCCUAACUUAGGAUGGGUUCAAUGUGUCCUACGCCUUUGGAUAAGGAAUUUAAAUCAUCCUAAGUCCUAAGAUUAAUCCUAAGUUGGGAAGAGUUUGGUGAAAUCGACGGCCGGUCAUUGGGCCAAUAAA